AUGACAGCCUCACUUGGAGAGAAAAAAACGGAAACGAAGAAUUUGGAAGAAGAGGAAGAACAUAUCAUUGAUGAAGACAAAGCGGAGAACUCUUCGUUGCCCAAAUUCCCUCUCGAAUCUCUUCCCGACGUCUUUCUCCAACAUUUGCAUCCAUUUCUCAAAUGGUCGUCUCUGAGAUCGCUGUCUCAAGUCAAUUCCAGAUUUCGUACCCAUUACGAAUGUCAUCUGAAUGAAGCUUACUCGUUGUCCAUCAAGGGACAAGUGUCUGUUGGUGUAGGUGACCUAGAUUCCGAGCAGAGUGUCUCAUAUCUUUCUGAGUUCUACACCGUCCGUUGCGAGUUGGAUGAUGAGAUGGUCGUCGAGUGGACGUUAAAGUUGGAAAGUGGAAUUCGUACAGUGGUGCACACACAAUACGAUGGGGAGGAAACGAUGGAAUCAACUAGAUCGGUGUCAUUGUCAUCUAGAGAUUAUUUAGAGAAAAUUUUGAAAUGGAUUCUGCAGAAAUAUCAAUUCAAAAAUAUUCAUUUAGGCGUCUCCGGCCUAGCUCCUCUCUUUGAUAUCUACAAGUUCAAAGUGGACGAUGUCGGUGUCUCGGAUGAAGUAGACUCGCUGAAUCUUGCGGAAAAAUUAUCUCCCAAGAAGUUGACUCUAUUCCCAGCAAAUCAAUUAAUCUACAAAAAAGGAACAUUAGAUCUAUCGAAACUUCCCCGACUUGUUGAUCUUCGGAUGUACGGAGUUCCAUUAGAUUUGGAUCAAGUUGGAGAAUCGAAAUUGUUAAUGGUAGUAGCUGACACAGUUCUAGGCGACAAAAUCAAAUUGAGGCAUGUGAAGAAAAUUGUUCAGAACUGGAAAUCGGGAGCAUCUGCUUACAAAAGAAUUGAGAUUAUUUGCUCAUCGUUCCGAUUCCCAACCUAUAAACCACAUGAGCAAUGGUUCGAACUACAAGAAAAUGAUCUAGAAGAGUUAUACAUCAUAUCCCAAACCCACAAGGAAAAUUCGCAUCUCUUAGUUAUUCGCUGA